CUUAUGCUGACGUGACGCCAUUGAAAAUUGUCCGUCAGAGUGGAGAUAUUCAAGCCUUUUUCAGACGAACCUCUUCAGAUGUCACCAAGUGUUAUGUAUGGCAUCGUCAAUUAAUAGUCCAUUAUUAACAUGGUUAAAGUUUUGGGAUGAUAUUUUUUGAUAUUUUGGUAGAAAAUGGGUUAAAAUUACAUGCAAGUUCUGUUGUAAUCCGUGAGGAAUGUACCAUGUGACAUGUUUCAGCCAAUAGGAUUUGCGCAUUUUCGUAUAAAGAAACUGUAGUAUGUGCUGGUCCGCCAUUACUGCGACUCCAGAAAGCUCGAUGGUGUAGCCUGAAAUCCUGCUGACGGAAUGGACACCAAGAGCCAUCCGGCGAUGCAGGGUUAUCAGCAGUCAGUACUGAACACCGUGCCAGCGAUUCACCCAACAGCAGUGAAUGUUUCGGGGGAUGCUGAACACCUUGAUCUCGACGAAGACGUGACACAGACUACAAAUAUAUUACAACAGCCAACUCUAAAUAACAAAGACAUUACUGCUAUGAAAGCAGACAUGCCUCAGGCCAACCCAACUGCAGCAGCUUCGCAACAACUAAAGCGACCAUCAGGAAGGAUGACCAACCAACUGCAGUACCUACAGAAGGUGGUCAUGAAAGCCCUCUGGAAACACCAGUUUGCUUGGCCCUUCCAUGUGCCUGUUGAACCUUCAAAGCUUGGCUUACCGGAUUAUUUUACAAUCAUCAAAAAUCCGAUGGAUCUGGGCACAAUUAAAAAGCGGUUGGAAAGUAACUACUACUACAGUGCAAAGGACUGCAUCUCAGACUUCAAUCUUAUGUUUACUAACUGCUAUUUGUACAAUAAACCCGGAGAGGAUGUCGUGUUGAUGGGUCAAGCCUUGGAAAAACUCUUCCUCACUAAAGUGGCUCAGAUGCCUCAAGAGGAGCUCGAGUUACCACCACCCCCUAAGCAAGGACCUGGAGAAGACCCCUUGGCUGGAGCAAGGAAAGGCAAACGGGGGCGCGGAAGAGGUGCACCUCCAAGAGCAGCUGCUGCUGCCGCGACAGCUGCAGUCGCCCCCUCCGCCCAUCUUGCCGAGAAUAACCACACAUCGCCACCCACCACAAGAACUCCACCCCCAUCUACAAGGCCGACGCCUCCCACAAGACCCACGCCUCCAAGACCAACGCCCCCCAACACAAGGCCUUCACCCACCACCAGGGUUCAGGCUUCAACGAGGUUGGUAGCUAAUCAGAGGGCACCUGCAGUAUCGCGGAUCGUUCCUCCUGCGAGGGUAGCACCCUCGCCAAGGCCUACUCCUCCUGCAGCUCACCCACAGCCAGCAGCUCCUGUAGAGCCCAUUUUAUCACCUCCCCCUGUUCCUUCUACUGGUGGUAAGGGACAGAUGUCGUCUCCUCCUCAAGGAGUAUCUAAAGUUAGAAAAGGUGUGAAGCGGAAAGCAGACACGACAACGCCAAGCACCACACCUGCAUCAGCAGUUCCCCUCCAUAAUUCCUUUGCUAUGUUGGAUUCUCCCAAGCCAAAUAAAAUCACAACGCGGCGAGAGAGCGGUCGUCAAAUCAAGCCUCCCAAACGAGAACUCCCUGACGAAGAGGCGCAACACCAAAAGGGCAAGAAAUUAAAACUGUCCGUCCAGCUCAGGCACUGCUUCGCCAUCUUGAAAGAAAUGCUCUCAAAAAAGCAUGCAGUAUGUGCACAAAUGUAUGCGUGGCCCUUCUUCAAACCAGUUGACGCUGACGUACUUGGACUACAUGAUUACCACGACAUCAUUAAACAUCCAAUGGACCUAGGAACAGUAAAGGACAAACUAGAAAACAGAACAUACAAGAAUGCCAAUGAAUUUGCUGCUGACAUGAGAAUGAUGUUUACAAAUUGCUACAAGUAUAACCCACCAGACCACGAUGUCGUCAACAUGGCAAGAAAGCUUCAGGAUGUAUUUGAAGUUCGGUUUGCCAAGAUGCCAGAUGAACCAUUGACGCCUGAAGACGACGACGAUGAUGAUGAUACUAAAGACAGUGAUGCCAGCAGUCACCCGACAACACCCUCUGGAUCAGAGUCAGACGACAGUGAAGUAGAACGAGAAGAACAGUUAACCAAGCUGCAGGCUCAGCUGAAAUCAGUACACGAACAGCUGACGGCACUCUCCCAAGCAUCCCAAAACCGCUCCAAGAAGAAGAAAGACCACAAGAAGAAGAGGAGAAAGGAUAAAGAUCCCGAGAACCACACCUCCUCAGAGAAAGAGAAAGACAUGAUGGAGGUAGAUGAGAAGGUUGAGAAGCCAAAGGUGAAGGAUGAGCCUGAACCCAAAGUCAAGGAGGAGGUGAAUACGAAGACGGUCAAACCCAAGAAGCCCAGGGCUAAGCCCAAUAAAGGGAAAGCUGGAGGAGACAAAGCAACCAAGGCAACCAAGACGAAAAAGAGCUCAGGAAGAUCGAAGAAGUCUAAAGCCAUUGUGCCGACAUUUGAUAGUGAGGACGAGGACAUGGCCAAGCCAAUGUCAUAUGAUGAGAAGAGGCAGCUUAGCCUGGACAUCAAUAAAUUACCAGGUGACAAGCUUGGAAGAGUUGUUCACAUCAUUCAAUCGAGAGAACCUUCCUUGAAGGACUCCAACCCCGACGAGAUUGAAAUCGACUUUGAGACGCUGAAGCCAUCGACGCUGCGAGAACUGGAAAGAUACGUUAUGUCAUGUCUCAGAAAAAAGCCUCGUAAACCGUAUGCAUCCAAAAAGACGCAGGGUAAAUCCAAGGAGGAAGCGGUGAAGGAGAAGAAGCAAGAGUUGGAAAAGAGACUACAAGCAGUCAGCGGUCAGCUUGGUGGUCAGUUUACAAAGAAAGCAGCCAAGAAAGCCCAGCAAGAUGCAUUAGACUGUCUUGCUGAAGUUGGUGCAAACCGACUAACGAGCAGUAGCAGUUCAUCUGGUAGUGACAGCAGCAGCAGCAGUAGUUCCAGCUCCAACUCAUCCGAUAGCAGUGACUCGGAGUCAGCUGCGGCAGCAUCACCCAGGAAGAGACUGAGACCGAGCACAGUGUCACCUCCACCGAAGAAGACACCGGCCACAAGAAAACCGCCAACCCCUAGAGGUCCAAGGAAGCUAACUGCUAAGCAACAAGCAGCUGCUUCGAUGAAUAUUAAGUUGACGACAGCGGCAGUCGCCCCGGCUGGUGAGGAUGAGGGAAUGGCUGUGCCACUGACAUCCAAAACUGUAGCACCAUCAGCUUCAAUCAAGGUAACGGGGAAAUCGACAACAGCCAGCAAGUCAGCAGCAAGUAAAGCUGCAGCCGCAGCAGCUGCUGCAGCCGCAGCAGCUGCUGCCUCUGCAGCAGCAGAUGCAGCAGCUGCCGCAACAGCAUCAGUAGCAGCAGCAACAGCACCCAUCAAGCCUGAGUCCCAGCCAGAGACGACCCUCGAUGAGCCCCCGAAGUCAUCACUUCCAAUCCCCAGUGCUCAUACAACCCUCCCAGCCCAGCCGAGUCGGCCAAGUAGUAAAGCUGCACCUCUACCAGCCAAAGUGAAGCGAUUAAGUCUCUCCUCGCCGCCAGCAUUAGCGAAGCAGGACACCAAACCAUCGUUAACAACACCGCCUCCUUUGCAGUCUCCUCCUCCACUCCAGCCAUUACUACAGACAACUGCAGCAAGUACAGCAUCAUUACAAACAGCACCUGUGUCUACAAACGCACAUAAAGAUGAGAUCCCCAAGGUAGCACCACAGCCUCAACAACAGAGGCGCAAAUCUCCAAUCCAGCACACCAAGCCACCAAGCCUUCCUACACCCCCAUCUCUCACCCCACUCAAACCCCAUGCUACUCCAGCCGCACCUGCAACAAAACCACCACCAAAAGACACCAUCAACGAUGCACCAGUCUUGCCACCUUCACAGCCAGCUCCACUCUCAGCAAUACAACCGACUAGACAUGACUCCACCACGGACCCCCAGACAGGGAUAGACUCACACCCCAACAGGGGACCUGAGACAGACCCUGAAACCGACCCAAAUCAUCUUCCAGAAUCUACAUCCCAACCCUCCCCUCCAUUGCCUCUUGGGGGAAGGCACGAGUCCCCGGUGUACAGUCCUUCGAUGCCGAUGUUAGAGAAACCUGAUUUGAUUCCAAUGAAGUUCAUGAUGGGUGAUGAUGAAGAGGAUGAUGAAGAUAUGGAGGGGGAGGAAGAGGAGGAGGAGGGUGAAGAAGGGAGCAAUGGGACGUCAAUGGACAUCAUCGUUGCAUCUCAGCUGCCACCUAACUCACAGACGGCUAGCAAAGAGCCCAACGCUAAACAACAACCGCAAGCCAAGCCCAGUGGUCCUCCAUCCAAUAAGAAUGUAGAAAAUGCUAAGAAGGUUGACCGAGGAACCCCAGGACCAAUGAAGAAACCUGCUCAGGAUGUUAAGAUUCAAAACGUUGGAUCGUGGUCUAACCUUGCCACGGCGCUCAAUACGGCCAAGGUCAAGCAAUCCACACCCAUAGUGAGUCAUUCUACCUUUGAGGUCUUCAAGAAAGCUGCUCAGGAAAAGAAGGAAAGGGAAAAGGCCAAGAAGCAGCAAGAAGAGAUGAGGAAGACGCAACGAGAGCAAGCUGAGAGAGAAAGACUGAGACAGGAACGGGAAAGAUUAAGAGAGAAAGAAGAAGAUGAGGCUCUUGAGAGAGCGAGAAUGGCUCAGAAGGAAGAUCAAAGUAAACAAAAUUCACAGAAGGAGAGAGAACGAUUACGAGAACAAGAACGAAGAAAACGAGAGGCGAUGGCCGGUGCAAUCGACAUGAAUCAGCAGAGUGACAUCAUGGCACAGUUUGAAGAAAUGCUUUGAUGCCCCUCAACACUCAUUAUAGGUGCAGUAUUUAUAAUAUGAAGCAUAAUUUGGAAAAAUUAACCCAGGUGCGGAAUUUCUUAGGAUGUUGUUGAAAUCUCCUUGAGCCGUUAGCAUUUGUUGAAAGAGGCGAGCAGUCAUCCAAGAGAGAAAGGAAUAGUUCACUUUGAGUCGAAACAUUUACUUCGUAGGCAAAGAGUCUGUCUGUAAGUUUCCUGAAUUGUAAACACCUGCGAGGUUCCUGGGGGAACUGAAUUUAGUUUUGUGUGAACUUGAUUUAUGGAUGGAGGUUCCUAGGGGGAACUACGGGAGUUUUGUCUGAACUUGAUUUAGGAAUGGAAUAUUUCUGAUACAAACAAGAUGGGAGUGGUGUGUGUUAUGAUUUAUUAUUGUUGUAUUAUUGAGAGAUGUUCGAAACAACAAAAUGAAGAAAUCAUCUGUAAUGAAUUUGUUGAUAAGACCUUUUGAAUCUUGGAGAGAUUUGUAACAUUUUGGCAUACUGGCCAAGGUUUAGAGGAAAGGAAACCAGUUGUUUGAGGAG